AUGCGCCCUGAGCGCUCCCCUCGCGUCUCCCCCUGCGGGCUCGGGCCCAGGCGGGGCGGGCGAUGUGGCGGCGGCCGCGGGCACCUCCCGCCCGCUCCGAGCGCCUGCGCCGAGCCCCGCCAAGGAGGGGGAGAAGAGUUUCGUAACCGGCGCAUGCGCGCGGGAGCCGCAUCCCCGCUCGGUGGAGGGAGGGGGGGAAAAAAAGGCCUCUCUUUGCUAGGGUACCAUCUGUGCAACCACACCCUGACCAAAAGCGUGUUUAAAAUGGUUGCCUACCAAAAGUCCUAUGAGAAGGACAGACCCUGUGGAGGGUGGAUCCCGUGGAUGGUGUGUCCCAGGACACUCUACAGAAUGCAGUAUCACAGGGUGGAAAUCCCUGAAACCAUCACUYUCAGGGAUUGCUGUGAAGGAUACCAACAGGUUGGGCUCUACUGCUCACUGGGGAGGACUUUCUGGUACAACGUGACAGUGCUUGUGAAAAWGGAUUUUAACGAAUUAAUCCGGGUGGAUUCCCACCUUCUGAAUCAUUCCCACCUUUUGCAUUCCGUGGUUACUGGUGCGUUGCAGCCCCUGAAUGCCUCAGUGCACCACAUCCAGAGUGACCCUGGGGAAAUCUAUGCUGGGACAGUGCAGAACCCUGCUGGGUUCUCCUUGGAAUAUGUCAAUGAAUGUUCCUAUGCUGAAUUCGAUGCUUGCCCUGAGAAAAGCAGCUGUSUAAACCUGGAGGGUUAUUACAGCUGCCACCCUCAGCAUGAACACACCACUGUCAUCCCUCACCAGCUGAGCUCAGGAAAGGACGAUCCCUGUGCAGUUACAAACCAUCGAAUCCUCAGCAUUACCAGCAGCAGCUUUGAAAUGUCCUGGCUUGUGACUCUGAACCACACUUUCCAAGUCCAGGUGUUCAAGGGCAGUGAGAUUGUGCAGAACCUGAAGACAGAGCACAGGGAAMUGGGUGUGUCUCACCUGGAAGUUGGUGUGAUGUAUUCAGUAGAGCUCAGCUAUGAAACCUGUGUAAAAACCAUAAUCUCCCAUCAAAAUGUUAAAACAGAGGCCAAGAUAUUUGAAGUUACAAUGAGGAUUCUCAACUACAACUUCACUGAUGAUUUCCACAAUUCCAGCAGCUCAGCAUAUGAGGGAUUUUCAAGACUGUUGCUUACAGAGCUCAAAAAUUCAUUUCCACCCAACAUUUCUGCCUUACACAAAUCUGGGAAGCUGAAAGUGCAGAUUGAAUCCCUGGCAGCAGGCAGCAUUGUUGUGAGACUCAGAAUCGCCGUGCAGGAUCCUGAGUUCCCAGUGGAUGCCUCCACGUUUGCCCCAGUGCUUUCCUACCUCCACAACAGCUCUGUGCUUGUGGUGGAUCAACAAAACACUGCAUUACGUAAAUCUCUGCCCCUUGAGGUGCUUCAGCAGAUGGAUGUUGGUCUGAUUAAAGUGCUGAUAAUGGGUGUUUCUAAUGGGAGCACAGUGGUAAGUUUUUAUUUGUUGGUUGCACAAGAUGUGAACGUCCACCACAUCAUCACCACUUUUUGUGAGGCCUUGGAACACAUUUCCUACUUCACCAUGGACAGCAGCAGCCUCUCCAUACAUGUUUCCUACAGGACCAGGCAAAACCAGGAGCACUUGUGGAACAACUUCCAUCAGGUGAUAUCGAUUGUCCUCACCAUCCAGAAGAGAUUCUUGCAGCAGGAAUCUAUCCCAGAGAGUUCCCUGUUCCUGGGGGAGCCUGGCUGCAAUGUGAGCACCAGCAAUGGCACCCACAUUGUGCUGCAGGUGAGCUGGAGCAACUGUGGCACCCAAGUUUAGACCAACAUGAUCUCUGCCGUAGUGAGAACCAUCCUUCGGAAUGAUGUUUUUUCUCGGGGAAUAAUCCACCAUUUGAACACUGCCAGUCCCAUUCACUGCGUGUUUCAAAAUGAUGUCUUGACUUCCUCUGGGUACACUGCAGAUGGACUUUACACCAUCUUUAAGGAUUUGCAUGGAAACGGAUACUUCAAAACAGAAAUGCAGUUGUUUAUUGGAAACUCCCUAAUCCCGCAAAAUUUCAGUGUCUCUGCCAGUGAGGAUGUGCUGAUGGAAGUGGUGAUGCAGAGGGCAGACAGAAAGCUCAAGGUGGUUCUCACUGACUGCUGGGCCAAUCCAACCCAUAAAUCAGUGGAUCCCCUGUCAUUUGUUUUCAUCAGCAACAGUUGUCCYAUCCCACAUACGCACACCACGCUGCUGGAAAAUGGGAAUUCGAGCAAAGCUCAGUUUAAGAUGAAAAUUUUUUCCUUUGUUAACAAUUCUGUGGUUUACUUACAUUGCAGAAUUCGUAUUUUGAUGGAGACCCCAGGAAGCACCUGCAGGACCAGAUGCCAUGCAAGGGCUCGAUCCCUGAAGGGUGGAGAAACCAUCGCCCUUCACAGAACAUUCUGGGGACCCCUCUGUAAAUCAACUGGUGAGCCUAGAGAGAAGGAGGCUGGGAUGGGAAUUGGACACAUCAUCCUCAUAGCCCGUGCUGUGUUUGGUUUUGUGCUGGGAGUUGUGACCCUGCUCAUUUUCCAGUACCAGCUAAAGACAGGAAGAUACAACUUCAGGAUCAAGUCUGACAACUUCAGCUACCAAGUAUUCUAUGAUUAG